GUGAGACGAACCUAUAGACUGGACAACAGCAGGUGAGAUUGAUAGCCACUGCCGUCCAAUGUGUCACCGAGUCGUUAAAUGGACAUUGUAAAUUUUGUCAACUAUCACAAGUUCCGAGUUGACUGUAAAGGGUUGCCCUUGGGAACGCAUUACGUCACAUAGUGUAAUUUUCGAGGAGCAUCGCCGGACAGGUGUUUGAGUGGAGCUGGACUCGUGAGGUAUAAAGCCGGGACAACAGACCAUGAUGUGGUAACUCAAUACAGCACCGUGCAAGCGGAGCUCUCGUCUGCUAACUCCCGCCUUUUUGAACCCAGCCAUAUUCUCCGCUCCACAAUACAGAUGUGGAUGGGCUAUCUGUGUGCACUAAGAACAUCCGAAGAUAUACGAUAGCCACGGGGGAGUUCGUGGAGGAUAAGUACGCAAAACCCGUUACAGGGCGUGACAUCACUACAACCAACGAGGGAUGUAUGUGGACAGUGAAAUGGUUCUUAGAAUGUAAAACAAGACAAAUAAUGAUAGUUUUUGUGAAAGUUGAGAUUCAACAGCUCGAAGGAAAACUUGGAUAAACAUGAGUCGACGAGCGAGUUUAUACGCCAAACAGAAUCCGGGAAAAUCACGACCGAAGGUCCAUUUCCCGGACGAACUGGUGUUCCUGGACAAUAUAAAGGAAAAUGAUAUACAGGGUUUAAAUCACAUGUUACGACGUGCAAGCCUACAAGUAGAUAUUAGCGGUAUCAACGAUGCAGGUUUGACUCCCUUACACCAAGCAGUAUUGGACGGAAAUAUAAUGGCAGUUCGUCUCCUCAUAGAACACGGUGCCAACGUCAACAAACAAGACGAAGACAGCUGGGCACCCUUACACGCCGCAUGCGCAGAAGGGCACGCCGAUAUUGCCAAGUUACUUCUCCAGCACGGGGCUAAGAAAGACUUGUUGACUGAGGACGGAGAGCGCCCUCUGGAUCUAGUAGAACCCACAGACUUCCCAACUAUUAAAGUUAUGUUGGGGCAGAGUAAAGGCAAUGCCUCUCCCCCACCCCCGGACUUAGGAUCAGACGAAAGUGACGAAGAAUCCGACGAUGACAAGUAGUGUUAAUACUGUGGUGUAUGGAAUAAUUCUGUUGAAGGAUGAUUAUAAUAAAAACAUCUGGUUCCGCAAGCCUAAUAAAUCCCGCAAAAGUUCACAAAUCUAAUGGGAUCGUGCGAACAAAAACAAAUAGCAUGUAUAAGUUGCCUGCGGAAAAUUGAUGUCUUAGCGCGAUGCAUUUGGAAGGAAAUAGACUUGUCAGGAUAAAAGUGGAAGUUUCCGCCAUUAAUCAUUUGUCAACUCACUCAGACCUACGAGAAAAGUGUGUGAAGAUCCAAAGAAAAUAUUGUGUGUUUUUUGUGCUGUACAUAAUUGCUCUUUUUCAUAACAGUCAGAAGAUCCCAGCAUCACAAAUCAGUCUGUACUCAGGGUCAAACAUCCAGUGCAAAAAAGGACAACGUCAAGAUGACUCUACAUGUAGGCAGCCAGAUUUUAUUCUUCGCCAUCAACGUGUGACGUAAUAUCAGCGGAGCCAAUAGAAUGACAGUCCAAUGAUCCAAUGUUAUAAACUUCAUUCAAAAGUAGGGGAUCUAUUUUGUUACCAUGGUUUCAAGACUAACCCUUUCUAUGAUUCAUAACAUUUGGCUACCUCAGACUAGUUCCCUCCCUUAGUUCUCUACUCUCCGCCAGGGCUGCGUACGCAAGGGAGGUAACUGAGGAGGGAACCAGUCUAUAGCUAGCGCAAUGAACCAUGGGAAAUAUUUCAACAGCAGCUUUUUUAAGGCAACACGGGAGGGGUCAACUGGAUACGUAUUUAUCAAAUGUCACUUGCAGCAGUUGACACCAUUUUGUCACCAAUUCACAUUUCUACAAAACGACAGAGACAUCGGACGUCCUCCCCUCACCUGAUGUUGUACGUACGUACGUGUGCCAUCCAAUACACAAAGUGUUUGUACACAUGUUUAUAAAUUUAAGUGUUAUCAAA